AUGACUGGGAGAAGUGAGAGAAGUGAGAGCCCGGAAUCCGACACAGCGUCGCGCAGCCACGGCGAUGGGGACCAACCACCAGCCCGCAAGCGACAGCGCGUGCGCCUGAGCUGUCUUGAGUGUCGGCGCCGGAAGCUCUCAUGCGACAGAGGCUUCCCCUGCGAGCGCUGCAUCAAGAGCGGCACCCCGGACCGGUGCAGCUACGAAUCUCGGAACGGAGAGGUCGUGAAUGCCUCCUCCGGCAUUCCGCCGCCCUUUGCGCAGCUGGAUUCGCGCCGCUUUGGAAUCGGCGGUGGUGAUGGGCCGUCUGGCUUCUCAUCCCGGGAGGACCAUGAGAGGAUUCGCAGACUGGAGCUUGAAAUCGCACAGCUCAAAAAUCAACUCACCAGACCGGGGGGAAGCGGCUCAUUUGACGGCAGCACAGUCGCUGCGACGGACUCACCUGCGACCAGAAAGGAUGAGAACCUCGCUGAGAAUGACGGCGCACCUCGACCAGAGGUGCAGGAAUGCAUCGACGCCGGCAACAUGAGCGGCGAAAAGGGCGAACUUCGAUUCUUCCGUGGAAAGGGCUUCAGAACUCGCUAUUUCGGACCUCACAAUGCAAGUAUGGCUUUUGUGGAAUUGACGGGACUGUGUCCGUUUAUGAGAGAGACGGCGGAUGAGUGGCUCAGACCUGUCAUCCUGCAUGAUCGUAAAGAUCGCAAGCGCCGCCUGGAGGAUCGCGAGGCUUUGUUCGAGAAGCAGGAUCCUGAGCUGGAGGCUUUACUUCCCACCAAGGAAGAGACGGAUGCCCUCGUCUCGGUGUAUCUUGAUCAGUUUGAGCAGAUUCACCGCAUCGUCCAUAUUCCCACCUUCCGCAAGGAGUACGCCGAGUUUUGGAAGCCAGAUGGCAAGCAGCGCUAUGCGGCUUUCACAGCUUUGAUCCUGGCCAUGAUGGCCGUGACCAGCUGCGUCCACACUCACGACAGCCUCAAGUUCAUCGGCAUGAUGUCCAAUGCCCGACACUGGGCCGAGAAAUGGAUCUGGGCCUGCGACGCCUGGCUGUCACGGCAGAGCCAGAAGCACCGCAAGCUCAUCCACUUCCAGAUUGCCUGCCUUUUGUACCUGGGCAAGCGAGUCAACACAAUCAAGAAGAAGCGAUUCUGGACCAGCUCCGGCGCUCUUAUCCAGGACGGUAUCUCCGUCGGCCUUCAUCGCGAGCCCAGCCACAUGGGCGGCAAGAUUACAGUGUACAACCAGGAAAUGCGCCGGCGAAUCUGGACCACCGUCCAGGAAUUCGACAUGCAGGCGUCCUUUGACCAUGGACUGCCUACGCUGCUCAGCCAGCUGCACUACGACACCAAUCCUCCCCGGAAUCUGGAUGAUGAGGACUUUGACGAGGAGACGACCACUCUGCCGGCCUCCAAACCGGCAAGGGAGUACACCUUCAGCUCCUUCCAGAAUCUGGCACGACAGAGUCUCCCACUGCGACUUGAGCUGAGUCGUCUGCUCACUGGCCCUCUGUCCGACAUCGACUACGACCAAGUCAUUCGAUACACCAAUGACUUGACGCAGGAGAUUGACGCGCUGCCCUCGUGGGACAUGAACAUGGACGGCUCAAAGGAGAAGAAGAACCCUCUCAUUGCCUACACGCUGCUUCACGUCCAACUGCGUCAGUACAUCAUCCCCCUCCACCAGCCGUAUCUGAAGCUGCGCAAGCAAAACUCCAAGUACCAAUACUCCGAAAUCAUCUACUACAACGCCGCGCGUGACAUUGUCCUGCUCCACGACAAGCUCUACGAGCAAGGCAUCCGCUCGCUCAACUUUCUGCGAGAAGACGCCCUCACAACAGCCAUCAACCUCUGCAGCGUGACGAUGCUGCAGCCACGGGGCUCCACAAACAUGAUCAUGAUCAACUCCCACCACACGCUCAAACUCAUCGAGAAGUGCAUCGCCAUGAAGGAAGACCGUCUCCUGCGGUGCGGCAACAACGAACCAUGGGGCUACUCAAUCAUGUGUGCGGCCCUGGGACUCCUCGAAGCACACCUCGGCACCAAGACCACCGAAGUAGCCAAGUCGACUUCGGCGGAACGAUUCGUCAACCUCCACUACAGGCUGCUUGCGAACCAAGAGCCGCCCGUUGCGUCUGACAAUAUCCCCGGGACGCCCAUCAGCGGUGCGACAACGUUGUCUGCUCCUGGUCUUGGGCCCAGUCCCGGAUUAGACGUGCCUGAUCGGCCAAAGUCUGUCACACCAUUCAUAUUCCCGCCUUCCAUCCCAACUGUGCCCGUCGAUCCAACUACCGCUCCCGCAACAGCGUGGAUGAUUGGCGUUGGUGACCAAGCGCAGCCGUUCAAUAUGGAUCCGAGCCUGGAACUCCUGGGCUUGAAUCUGAAUGAACUCUGGGGCGAGUCGUGGGAGCUCGGUUAA